ACCUUUAAUUUCACUCUUUCUUUAAUUUCACUCUUUUUCAAGUCUCAGAUAAACAUGGAUGGACUUCAAAUAAAUCUUGAAUCAAGUAGCUUUGAAAUGCCUAUUAAUUUAGAAGAUGUUGCAAGUCCUAUGGAGGGAGUCACAAGUGGGCAUAAAGUGAAACGCAAGAGAAAACUCACUUCAAAGGAAUUUAAUAUUUGUGAAAUUGAAGAGUUAGGUGCCAAUACACAAAAAUCACAAUUGGAGCUUUAUUUAGAGGAGCCAAGGAUGGCUACUGAAAUUGAAUUGAAUGUGCUUGAUUAUUGGAAAGCAAAUCAGUUUCGUUAUCCUGAAGUUGCUUCAAUGGCUCGUGAUCUAUUGAAUAUCCCUAUAUCCACCGUUGCUUCUGAAUCUGCUUUUAGCAUUGGUAGACGAGCAUUAGAUCAAUUUCGUAGUUCAUUAAAGCCUAGCACUGUUGAAGCGAUAGUUUGUACAAGAGAUUGGUUAUUUGGGCAAAGAGGUAAUUAUUUUUAUUAAUGUUUUCUUUAUUUCAUUUGCAUAUAUUAAUAAUUUUUUUGUUUCACUAAUUUAUUUUAUUAAUGAUUUUUUUGUUUCACUAA